AUGGCAGACCUCGAGGCGUCGACGCCCAGCCUGGGCACAGUGAGCGACGUUCGGAGCGAGGUGAAGAAACCUAAGAAAAAGAAAGUUCUGCUCAUGGGCAAGAGUGGCUCUGGAAAGUCUAGCAUGAGAAGCAUCAUAUUUAGCAAUUACCUUGCGAGGGAUACCCGACGUCUCGGUGCUACCAUUGAUGUGGACCUCUCCCAUGUCAAGUUCCUCGGGAAUCUAACCUUGAACCUGUGGGACUGCGGUGGCCAGGAGGCAUUCAUGGAAAACUAUCUCUCUCAGCAGCGCGUCCACGUCUUCUCCAACGUCGGCGUCCUGAUAUACGUCUUUGAUAUAGAAUCCAGAGAUGUCGAUCGUGAUAUGGCCACCUACGUGGGAGUUAUCUCCGCUUUGACACAGUUUUCUCCGACCGCCAAGAUCUACGUGCUUAUCCACAAGAUGGACUUGAUUACUCCGCACGCCCGCGAGGCUGUCUUCGUCGACCGCGUGCGGCUGGUGCGUCAGAAGACGUCCGAGUUUAUCCACGGCGCCGGAUACCAGGGCGACUUGGACCUCACACCCUUUGCGACCUCGAUAUGGGACCAAUCCCUGUACAAGGCGUGGGCGGGCAUCAUUCACGACCUUGUCCCCAAUCUUUCCGUCAUCGAGUCGCAGCUAGGCUCAUUGGGCGUGUUGAUCGAGGCCGAGGAGUUGCUCCUGUUUGAGCGGACCAGCUUUCUCGUCGUGUCGAAUUGGACCUCAGAGGAGGGCCAGAAUAACCCAACGGGAGAUCGGCAAGAGCGCAUUUCCAACAUCCUUAAACACUUCAAGCAGAGCAUCAGCCGAUUCACCGGCACUCCUCGUAAUGCUGAGCAGUUCACCCUGAUGGAACACAAGGCCGGUGCCAGGUUCUCCAUGUUCGUUUGCAAGUUCACCACCAACACGUACCUGAUGGUCAUACUACCACCUGGGGAGGCGAGGUUUAAUUCGGCAAAGCUGAAUUGCCAGAUCGCCAGUGAGAGCUUCAAAUUUUUGGAUGGCCCUCCUAGCAGCCGAACGAGCCGGUGA